AUGAGAGAUUAUAAGAUUGUUGUGUUGGGUGCUGGUGGGGUAGGUAAAUCAUCUAUCACAGUCCAGUUUGUUUCUGGAGUCUACGUCGAGAGUUAUGAUCCCACCAUUGAAGACUCAUAUCGUAAACAAAUCGAGAUCGAUGGCAGAGCUUGUGAUUUGGAGAUCUUGGAUACUGCCGGGGUUGCACAGUUCACAGCCAUGAGAGAAUUAUAUAUUAAAUCGGGUAAGGGGUUCCUUUUAGUUUAUUCUGUGAUUGACGAGAAUUCUCUCAAGGAAUUGUUGGCCUUAAGAGAGCAAGUGUUACGAAUUAAAGAUAGCGAUAAUGUCCCCAUGGUAUUGGUGGGGAACAAAUGUGACUUGGAACAAGAUCGUGUUCUUUCCAUUGAUGAUGGUAUCAAAGUAUCUCAAGAAUGGGGGAUGGUGCCAUUUUAUGAAACCAGUGCCAUGUACAAGACCAACGUGGACGAAGCAUUCAUUGAUGUUGUGAGACAGAUUAUGCGGAAAGAGGCACAAGCUUCUGCCGAGAAGAAACAGCAAAAGGAGUUACGGAAACAGAAAGAACAACAGGAGAUGGCCGAUGGAUCAAAUAAUGGUGGUAAUGGUAACGAUAAUAGUGGAGUAUCUAAAAAUGGUGGUCCCACUAAUAACGAUAAAGUAAAGCCUUCAACUGUUGAUGAGAAACUGGCUUCUCAAAGACUUUCUCAAGCAUCUGCAAAUAAACCCACCAAAUCAUCUUCAAAGUGUUGUGUAAUUGCAUAG